AUGGAGGCGAACAGGUUAGAAUCGCAACGGUGCGUUACAAUUGCGCGUGAAGCUAUACGGGAUGGAGAUUCCGCCAAGGCCGUCAAAUUUUUACAUAAGGCUCAAAAGUUGGAUCCUUCAGCAAAUGUUUCAUAUUUACUUAGUAAAGCAAAGAAGCUUGGAGAAUCUAGCACCGAAUCAAACGCCACAGGCACCGACAGUGGAUACGGACAUUAUGACCAGUAUGAAAACGAAUCUGAUUUACGCAACCGUUUCCAUGCUAGCCGUAGUCAACCGUCAAUGAAUGCGAACAAAAAUUUUUCUGAUGCUGGGGAGUCUUCGAGUACUUCAGAAAAACAGCGAGCGCGGUCUCGUUCUGCUGGUCGACCACAACUUGGUGUACAUUACACGAAAGAGGAAGCAGAGAUAGUUGAAAGAAUACGUCACUGUAAAGAUUACUAUGAAAUUCUUAAUGUAAAGAGAGACGCGACUGACAGCCAGUUGAAGAAGGAGUAUCGUAAAUUGGCACUCCAGCUUCAUCCGGAUAAAUGUCGUGCGCCUGGAGCUACCGAAGCUUUUAAGGCACUCGGUAAUGCUUAUGCCGUCUUAAGUAAUGCCGAAAAAAGAGCUCAAUAUGACAAGUACGGUACGGACUCACCGCAAAGAAGGAGUAGCAAUAGUGGCUUUUAUGAAUAUGAUUAUGGGAGAGGAUUUGAAGCUGAAUAUACUCCAGAAGAAAUAUUUAACAUGUUUUUUGGCGGUGGUUAUCCAUCUGGACAUCUCAAUAGAAGACAUCAGUUUCACUUUCAUAAUCAGGGACCUGAACCACAAGAGCAGACUGUCAGCGCUCAUUUCCUUCAGUUGUUACCUUUACUUGCGAUAUUGCUGCUGGGCCUUCUUGCUCAGUUCAUGGCUGGUGAACCAGCCUUUUCUUUGCACCGAACAAGCAAAUACAGCGAAGAACGGUUUACAAGAGAUUUACGCGUCCCUUAUUUCGUGAAGUCAGAUUUUAUGUCUAACUACAGAAAUAAAUUACAACAGGUAGAACAUCAGGUAGAAGAUGAGUAUAUUUCUCAACUGAGAAUGAAUUGCUACAAGGAGCGAAGUCAGAAAGAAACUCUUGCGUGGCGAGCUCGGACUUUCGGUGAUGCAGAGCUGUGGAAUCGAGCACAGCGUAUGGCAACACCUAGCUGUGAUCGUCUUCAAGAAAUUUAUUCGUGA